UUUCCUUUACUGCAUUCAGAUAUUCUGAUUCCUGUGGCCUAGUUUUAUUCUUCACAUUUUGCAAAUAUUCGCAAGUGCUGCUAUUAUAUGUAUUAUUAAUCUUUACAAAAUGUGAGUUCUAUCUUAAUCAUUCUUCUUUAAGAUCAGCUAAACCGCAUAAUGCAUACAGAAUGACUUGAGAAUGUGAGGGUGAAGGACAUUUUUGCAGUGAUUAAAUUAGUUUGGUAAUUUCUAAGGACACAGGCUUAUGUUGUUGUUGUCCCUCCCUGCUCCCUGAUCCCUGAUGCUGCCCUGUAGUGUUCUGCACACAAGACCAUCUAAUUUUCUUUACCCCAGAUUUAGUGAAGCAUGUUAAACUGCUAGAAAGGAGGAAAGUAAACCGUUUUCAGGAUGAUUUUAGGUAAGCAUCUGUAAGACAGAUGACUAGUUUUGUUAUCCCUUACACUAUGUUUUUUUUCAUGUUUAUAAUUUUAGGAUUUGCCUUGCUGUUUGUUCUCACGGAUGUAAGAGCAGAGUCUGGGACCACACCAAAUCUUAAACAGAUUGUCAUUGGACGGUGUUUUGAAUAUGUAGCCCUGGCUAAUUUUAACCCCAGGUACAAUUGUGAGAAGAUAUGGCAGGAGUUUGAAAAGGCUGUGGUUAGGAGAUCCCCCUGUGAUGUCAGUGUUAAAGAUUACCAAAAAAUGUUCCAGGUCAUCACUCAGAUUUUGCCAUGUGACAAGUUGCUGUUCUGGAGUAAGACGAGAGACUUCAUGCACAGCUAUGUAGCUGUCACAGAUUCCUUCUGGACGUUAGAAGACACACUGCUGGGAUUCAUGUUCAAUGAUCUGAUCUGGUGUGGACAGCAAGAGAGAGAGAGAGGUUUUGACUAUCAGUCCUGUCCAAAAUGGUCAACGUGUUCGUACCAUCCUGUGUAUUCACUUUGGAAGCAGGCUUCUCAGAAUUUUGCUAUGGCUGCAUGUGGAAAUAUUACUGUCUUACUAAAUGGAUCAAUUCAUCAUGCUUUCAACAAAAAAAGCAUGUUUGGCAGUGUGGAACUGGGAAAUCUAAACCCAAGGAUGGUCACUCAUGUACACAUUAAAGUCAUCUACAACUUAGAGGGACCCUUUUUGGAGUCUUGCACUCAGGGAUCCAUCCUUGGACUAAUAGAGGUUUUAAAAAAACGAGGGUUCCACUGGACCUGCACAGACAAUGACUUGUAUGUUUGA